GUCUAGGAUAUAACUUCAUUUUCACAUUUCGUCUCUAACUGUAAGGUGAUGGACGUCUUUAUCAGGGGCAUUUGCCUGCUUACAUUUGCUUUUCUUGUAGGUGAGGCGUUAUGCGGCGUAGACAGAGGAUCUCUUAGACCAAGAGAUAAAGAUGUAGAAGAGUUUGAUAUUGUUUCUGAAGACAAAACCGACAGUGUUGACGCCACAGAGGAUUUAUAUGCAGGAAAUAACGAAGGUGCAGAAGUGCAUGAAUCUGGCAACAAUUCCCGAGUCAUUUCAACAUUAAACGUAACAAAUGGUGGCAAAUGGGGUGACUGGGGCUCUGUACAGCUCUGCCCAGAUGGUUCAUAUGCCGCCGGUUACGACAUGAAGAUCGAAAAACCGGUAUGUGCAGACGACACAGCGCUGAAUGCCAUCAAGCUAAUAUGUGAAUUUCCAGACGGGAAAGAAACUGGUGAAAUCACGUCGACACAAGGACACUGGGGCUCCUGGGUUGGACAAAUAAAAUGCCCUUCCCGUGUGCGUGAACGUCUAUACCUAACAUCCUUUGAUCUUCAAGUGCAGAAACCUAAGGGUGUGUUAAAAGAUGAUACUGCCGCUAAUUACGUGAAGUUCAAGUGUCGAGACAAGUGUGGACGCAAAAAGCCGCAAGAACUAGCCAAGCCUCCGGGACGUGGUGUGUGGGGUUCAUGGGGAGCAUGGAGUGCCCAAUGUCCACCCGACACCGCAAUCUGUGGUCUCAAAACAAAAGUGGAAAAACCUCAGGGCUGGCAUCGCGAUGAUACAGCUCUGAAUGAUGUCGAGUUUUACUGCUGUGUAUAAGAUGACUGUUUGACAUCACGUUUGAAAUAGCUAUCGCUAUCAGAAUACUAUUUACAAAAAUACGUUUGCCAAAAACUGUUAUGUAUUUCCUUUUUCAGAAAAUUUGUAAUCAUAAAUGACAGACAAUUCUAAAAAUGAAGAUAGAUUGUUCAUUUAACGUCAAUGCUCAUGACUUUGUCAGAGGAAAAUAUAUUACUGGAUUUGUUGGAUUAUUGGGAAUAUAUCAGUAAUGUUCUAAUUUGGAAAUCUUUAUAAUAGAUAGAAAAUGGAAUUACGAAGGUAUCUGAUAUCUUCGAGGGUUUGUGGCUUCCAUAUAUCCAUCAAGCACCACCCUCUUAUUCCUCCCCCCUACCACAUCCUUGGGGAAUAUAUCAGAUACCGGAGUGUUUUCAUUAUUAUAUUCUGUGUCAUGAUAGCUGUAUCAAUAAAUACCUUGUGUAGCCACCAAUAUCAUAUUAAUGAAAAGAUCAUAAAAUGUGAAAUUGA